AUGUUAAAUACAGGUCAUCAUAGAUAUGGCAUGUUAGGGACGGAGGAAUACGAUAAGCCAGGAUCAACUAUUGAUUCAGACAUUAUCGAUAUGCUCAAUCAAAUGACACUUGCUGAAAAGAUCGGUCAAAUGACACAAAUGGAUCAAGAACUUAUCCUUCAAAAAGAUGGCUCAUUGAACCGCACUGCUGUUGAAUAUUAUGCAAAAAACUACUAUGUUGGAUCUUAUCUGAACCAGUUAGCAAAUCAUGGAAAAAACUUUGACGUUGUGGAUUAUGCAAAAUUGAUUGAGGAGAUUCAGGAAAUAACUUUAUCUGUCAAUUCAACAUUAAAAGUUCCAAUUAUUUAUGGUCUUGAUCAUAUUCAUGGUGCCCAUUAUGUCGCAAAUACCACCAUUUUCCCACAUGGAAUCAAUUUGGCCGCAAGUUUCAAUCCACAGCUAGCGUAUGAAUCAGCUUCUAUAACUGCAAGAGAUACACGCGCUGCCGGUGUUCAAUGGACAUUUGCUCCAGUUUUGGACAUCCCUGUUAACAAACAAUGGCCUCGUGUAUAUGAAAACUUUGGGGAAGACCCACACUUAUCAUCAGUCAUGGGUGUUGCAGCUAUUCGUGGUUACCAAGGUAAAUACAAAUCUGAUCGUACCAAAGUUGCUGCUUGUAUGAAACACUUUAUUGCCUAUGGUGCUCCUUGGAGUGGCCAAGACCGCGAUUCUACUGUGGUUUCUGAUAGGACUAUUUACGACUUUUUUGUACCUGGUUUUCAAGCUGCUAUUGACGCAGGUGUUGCAACAGCAAUGGAAAGUUACAUUGACGUAAAUGGUGAGCCAGUUGUGUCUUCAAAUAAAUAUUUGCGCAAACUUUUACGUGAUCAAAUGGGAUUCCAAGGCAUGUUGGUAACCGAUUGGCAAGAAAUAGAAAAUCUGCAUGAUAAGCAUAUGGUUGCCGCUACACAUAAAGAAGCUGUUCGUAUGGCUAUCGCUGAUACUAGUAUUGAUAUGUCUAUGGUUCCUAAGGAUGUUGUAUUUUUUGAUUCAAUGAUGGACUUGGUCAAGGAGGGUAAAGUCUCUAUGGAGCGCGUUGAUGAAUCCGUAGGCCGUUUGCUUCAGCUAAAGAAAGAUCUCGGUCUUUUAGAGCCUAAUGGCUGGAAAGCAGACCCCAUAUUGCAGCAACAAGUUCAAAAUCAAGAUGAUGUACAGGUGUCUAUUGAAGCAGCACGCGAAUCGAUGACAUUGUUGAAGAAUGACAAUGCCACACUGCCAUUAACAGCUGAAAGUGUCAAGAAGAUAUUAGUGCUAGGGCCUACAAGCAACAGUCUUGGCCACCUCUCAGGCGGUUGGACUAUCCAGUGGCAAGGAGCAACUGCAGAUUUGUGGCAUGGGGAUAUCAAUGAUGAGCAAUUUUAUAAGAAAGGCAUCACUAUUUUAGAAGGCAUUCAAAACUCUGCACCCAAAGAUAUUGAAGUCGAUCAUAUCCUAGGCUUUGAUAUUCAUGGAAAUGAACAAGACAUGGAUUGGAUCAUUGAAAGAAUACAAGAUUACGACGCGUUUGUUGUCUGCAUUGGCGAACACGUUUACUCAGAGCUACCUGGAAACAUUCAUGACUUGACAUUGCCUCAAGGACAAAUCGAAAAUAUUGAUAAGCUUGCAAAGGCAGCAGGCGAUACACCUAUAGUAACAGUUCUUUUGGAAGGUAGGCCGCGUACUCUCAACAGUAUUCAAAGCAACUCGAAUGCCAUUUUACAGGCCUAUCUUCCCGGACCAUGGGGUGGUCAAGCCAUUGGUGAAGUUCUUUUUGGCAAGACAAACCCCUCUGGUCGCUUGCCAUAUACUUAUCCUAAAUAUGCUGGGGAUAUGAAUAUGAAUUAUUGGCGACCCGCUUGCGAUCUAUUUGAUCCUUUGUAUGAAUUUGGUCAUGGCCUUAGUUACUCUAACUUUGAGUAUGGUAAUAUCACUGUUGAUGGUCAAUUGAACGAUGCUUCUGAAAAUGUACAAAUGCUUGUUGUGGGCGAGAAAGAAAAAGCAGUAUUAGUGAAUGUAACCAACACAAGUCCUGUAGACGGUAAAGAGACUGUUUUGAUGUACAUUCAGCAACCUUUCCGUACUGUGACUCCUCCUGCUAAACUUCUAAAGGGCUUUCAAAAGGUCUUUAUUCCUGCAGGAGAAACUGUCAAUGUACGAUUCAGUGUUAAUGCAGACAUGUUCCGCUACACAGGAUUAGAUAACAUUCCUCAAGGCACUAUCGAUAAUGGCUCAGCUAAAGUUUUGAUAGGAAGUCAAGUAUUUGACUUUGAAGUAGUAGACCCUAGUACAGAAUAG